AUGGUUCUUCAAGACCUUGGGCGACGGAUCAACUCCGCCGUCAAUGACCUGACACGGUCUAAUAACCUUGAUGAGAAGGCCUUCGAUGAUAUGCUUAAAGAGAUUUGUGCCGCUCUUCUCUCCGCCGAUGUUAAUGUCCGUCUCGUGGGCACGCUACGCAAGUCAAUCAAGGCAAGCGUCAACUUCGCCUCAGUACCAGCGGCCGUGAACAAGAAGCGCCUGAUCCAGAAGACCGUCUUCGAUGAGCUCGUGAAGUUGGUGGACCCUCGUGCAGACUCCUUCCGGCCGAAGAAGGGCCGCUCGAAUGUUAUCAUGUUCGUCGGUUUGCAGGGUGCGGGUAAGACAACAACGUGUACGAAGCUGGCCCGCCACUACCAAACGCGAGGAUUCAAGACCGCGCUGGUCUGCGCGGAUACCUUCCGUGCUGGUGCAUUCGAUCAGCUGAAGCAGAACGCAACCAAGGCCAAGAUCCCAUACUACGGUAGUCUGACCCAGACGGAUCCUGCUGUCGUGGCCGCUGAGGGUGUGGCCAAAUUCAAAAAGGAGCGUUUCGAUAUCAUUAUUGUUGAUACCAGUGGUCGUCACCGACAGGAGGAGGAACUUUUCACGGAAAUGACACAGAUUCAGACGGCAGUGACGCCCGACCAGACUAUCCUUGUCCUGGACAGCACAAUUGGUCAAGCCGCCGAGGCUCAGUCCUCCGCAUUCAAGGCAACCGCAGACUUUGGAGCUAUCAUUAUCACCAAGACCGACGGCCAUGCCGCUGGUGGUGGUGCUAUCUCUGCCGUUGCCGCAACGAACACCCCAAUUAUCUUCCUCGGUACUGGUGAGCACAUGAUGGAUCUCGAGCGCUUCGAGCCUCGCGCGUUCGUCCAGAAGCUACUGGGCAUGGGCGAUGUCGCUGGACUGGUCGAGCACGUUCAAGCCAUGACGAAGGAUUCCGCAGGUGCUAAAGAAACCUACAAGCACAUUGCGGAAGGUAUCUACACUCUGCGUGACUUCCGCGAGAACAUCACAUCAAUCAUGAAGAUGGGCCCGCUUUCCAAGCUAUCCGGCAUGAUUCCUGGUCUAUCUAACAUGACCCAGGGCCUGGAUGACGAAGACGGCUCGCUGAAGCUGCGCCGCAUGGUCUACAUUUUCGACAGCAUGACUGUCGCGGAGCUGGACGGCGAUGGCAAGGUCUUCGUCGAGCAGCCUAGCCGUAUGGUCCGCAUCGCGCACGGUAGUGGAACCACUGUCCGUGAGGUCGAGGACGUGCUUUCCCAGCACCGCAUGAUGGCCGGCAUGGCCAAGCGUGUUGGUGGCCAGAAGAAGCAGAUGCAGCGUGCCCAGGACAUGAUGAAGGGUGGAAACAAGAAUCAGCAGAUGGCUGCCAUGCAGAAGCGCAUGCAAUCCAUGGGUGGUGCUGGUGGCGGUGGCAUGCCUGGUAUGCCUGAUAUGGCCAAGAUGAUGCAGAUGAUGGGUGGAGGUGGUGGUGGCAUGCCCAACCUUGGUGGCAUGGAUAUGCAGAGUCUAAUGAGCCAAAUGGGUGGGUUGAUGGGCGGAAUGGGAGGAGGUGGCGGUGGACGUGGAAAGGGACGUUAA